AGGGCUGACACAUUCUGUGUCAAUACAACCGCCCAUUACUUUCUGUCCGUCGCACUCUUACCAUUACUAGCUGCGGCUUCACAACUCGACCUGGGCAAUGGUUGUUUGGGUAGAGAAGCCGGCCGUGAUGCUAUUGUGUUGACGAGCUCUUGCGCCAGUAUGCACAACGUAACGAACGUAGACUUGACAAGCUACGCAACAAGCAAAGCUGCCACGGACCAUCUCGUCAAAUUGCUGGCCGCCAAAUUCAGUCGUUUCUAUGUUCGAGUGGUUGGCAUCAACCCUGGAUUCGUACCCAGUAACAUGAAUCCUAUCGGUGAAGCUGGUAACAUGUUCAGCUCACUGUUUGAUCGAGUUCCUGCCAAACGGGCCGGGAAUGAGGAAGACAUCGCUGCGAGUGUUGUCUACCUCAUCAGUCGAGCUGGAGCAUACAUCGACGGUGUUUCUGUCUGCAUUGACGGUGGUCGAGUCCUCGUCGCGAACGGCCAAGAGUGA